AUGCUUGUGACUACGACUGUUGUUUCGGCCUCGCUCAAGGGUCUUGCUGUCUCUACAGGCCUUGCCGUCUUCCGGCGACUGAGCGGCUUCCGCCUCCGGACUGCCGCCAUUGGACACCGUCGUAUCCGUGCCGCUGCCGAGGGCUAUCUCCAGGCCGGCGAGUGGACGGCCACCGCUAUCGCGGCCCAGCGGAGAAAGGCGGCAGAGCUGGCGAACAGGCGCUCCAAGGCAGCAUAG